AUGUCUAUAAGUGCACCUGCAGGUUCAAGUGCUGCCUCUGGCAGCAACCGAAGCCUUCAGCUGACACAAAAUCAAGUAGAUGAGGUGGUGGACAUCAUAAGAGUCAGUGUGGAUAAGGUGUUGGAAAGAGAUCAGAAGCUCUCGGAGUUAGACUGUCGCGCAGUCCCGCUGCAAGCCGGAGUGUCCCAAUUUGAAACAAGUUCUGCCAAGUCGAAGAGAAAAUAUUGGUGGAAGAAUUGCAAGAUAUGGGUGAUAGGGAUUGUUGUUGUGGUCAUCAUCAUCAUCAUCAUGUGGAAUGUUUCCCCGUGA